GGAAGAGAGAGACAAAAUAUAUAAUCCGGUUUCGGCUGGUUCGACUAGUUUAAAAUUUAAAUUCUUCACUCGGUUCUGACCACCUUAACCAGACACAAUGAAAUCGAAAACAAUAUUACAAAGCUAUUUGAAAAAAAAUAAAUUUUAUAUUGGUGUUUUUUUAUUUUUUUAUAUAUUUUUUUAUUUACUUGGAAUUAUUUCUUUAUCACUUGGAUUAUUAAUCAUCAGCCUUGCAUCAGGUUGUUCAUUUUAUAAUGUACAAACUUAUGAUGAAAUAAAAAAAGAAGAUGCAAUUGCAAUAACUGGCUGUGAUUCUGGUUUGGGAUACAGUAUUGCAUUGCAUUGUAAAAAUAAUCUUGGUCUUCAUGUUAUUGCUGGUGUUCAUUCAACAGCAAGUCGUGGUGCCCAAGAACUUGUUAAGCAUGGAAUUGAAACGAUUGAAAUUGAAUUGACUAAUUUGGAAAGUAUUGAAUCAUUUACCAAGUCUAUACACAAACUUCUUGAGUCACAAAAAUAUCGUCUUCGGGGAUUUGUCAACAAUGCUGGGAUGAUGAUAUUUGGUGAAUUUGAGUGGCAAACUGACGAACAAAUAUACAAUCAACUUCAAGUUAAUCUCUUGGGAACAGCAAGAUUGACAAAGUCAAUGAUUCCAAUCCUCAGGCAACACAAAAGUCGUCUUAUUAUUGUCACAAGCCAUUGUGCAAUUGAGGCACUUCCUGGUGUUGCAAUGUAUAGUGCAACAAAAGCAGCAUUAUCAGCCUGGUCAACAUCACUCAGAGUUGAAUUAAAAAAAUCAAAUAUAACUGUUGUUAAUUUUGUACCAGGUUCAUUUAUUGACUCAAGUAAUAUUUUAUUUCGACAACAAAAUCAUUUUGAUGUUAUGGAUUCAUCAAUGCAACAAGAAGCUAAAAAAUUUUAUCAAGGUUAUUUUAAGUUGUAUGCCAGUUAUUUGACAUCAUUUGCUCAAGAUAAUUCACUUAAAAAAAUACAACAACCAGAAAUCUAUGAUAGUUUUAAUGAUUUAUUGUUGGACAAAAAUCCAAAUGCUAUUUACAUAUGUGAACCCUGGAGAUACUGGAUUUAUUUUACAUUAUGCAAAAUAUCACCAACAACAGUACGUGAUUAUUUAAUUGAAAAAUUUGUGCAAAUGCCAAAAUUUAAUUAUUAAUUUUUUUGCUCAAGAAAAAAGACGAUUUGUAAGGAGGCUUAUGAUUUAAGCAUCAAUAAAAAAAAAAAUAAAAAAACAAAAUAAAUAAAAUAAAUAAAAA